CAGGAGCAGGUCUGACCCACAGUUCGACACGAGAGCUGAGCGAGUGCGGACGCGUGCAGCGGCUAACAAGCGAAACAAAAACACAUUGUAGGAAGGCAGGCCAGUGCUGUAAACAAACCAAAAUUGUGUGAACUUGAGAGAAUUGUGGGUGGAGAAGAGAAGGCUACUACGACGGCUGCUCGCGAGUGUACGUGCCUGCCAUAUGUGUGUUGGUGGCUGCGCGAAGGUGCCACAGAUUAAUUAGCAAUUAACGCUCACCCACUGCAACAACCGACGACCGACACUCGACAGGCCACACUAUGUCCGAAAUCAUUGAGCUAAAUGUUGGCGGUGUCAGCUACACGACCACGCUGGCCACGCUGCUGCAGGACAAGACCUCGCUGCUGCACGAACUCUUUGGCGAUGGACGCGAAUCACUGGCCAAGGACAGCAAAGGGCGCUACUUCCUCGACCGCGACGGGGUCCUCUUCCGCUACAUUCUGGACUACCUGCGCGAUAAGACGCUGAAUCUGCCAGAGGGCUUUCGCGAGCGUCAACGCCUGCAGCGGGAGGCGGAGCACUUCAAGCUCUCAGCCAUGCUGGACUGCAUACGUGGGGAGCGGGACGCCCGUCCGCCCGGCUGCAUCACCAUUGGGUAUCGGGGCAGCUUUCAGUUCGGCAAGGACGGCCUAGCUGAUGUCAAGUUCCGCAAACUGUCCCGCAUCCUGGUCUGCGGCCGCGUGGCCCAGUGCCGCGAGAUCUUCGGCGACACGCUAAACGAGUCACGGGAUCCGGACCACGGCGGUCCCGAUCGCUACACCUCGCGCUUCUUCCUGAAGCACUGCUUUAUCGAGCAGGCCUUCGACAAUCUGCACGAUCACGGAUAUCGUUUGGCUGGCAGCUGCGGCUCGGGGACGGCUGGCUCGGCCGCGGAGCCCAAGCCGGGCGUCGACACGGAGGAGAAUCGCUGGAACCACUACAAUGAGUUUGUCUUCAUCCGGGACUAAGGCCAUCAGCCGACUAUGUCCCUACUUUAAGCCCACAAACACCACCCCCCAACACCCACCCAACAAGCUGUCUCUAUCCUUCUGUGUUUCGUUAUGUCCUGGAUUCUGCUGAGGCCCACAGGCAACAUCGCCAAGAACAACCAACAGCUGACAUCGACAUCCUGUCGUCCUUGUGACCGUCUGCUGGCUGCCUCGUCAGUAUUGGCUGUAAUGAGACAUCCAUUAUGCGCAUAGGAGAUCAUAAAUUGGACAGGAACGAACAGUGGGUGACGGUGAUGAGCAGAAUGCCAAGGAGAAUCCAAAGGUUUGAGUUUCAACCCACCUCUCGAUAUACAAAUGGGAACAUUUCAAAUGUACAAUUGAACUAACAAUCCACACACAUACCCGUAAGCCUAGAAAAUUAUUUAGAAAAACUUAAGCCAGGACCCGAGUUUUGUUUUCUAUAUCUUCCUUCGAUUUGCCUGCUAAUUAAAUGCGACUUACACUUAUGUAAUGUCGGGGGUAGAGCGAGAGCCCCAUCAAAUUUGAUAUGUUGAGCUGCUGCGCAUAAAUUUCGCUGAUGAAUGAAGACGAAUUUGGAUUUACGAGCAGACAACAAAGUGAAAAUAAAUUGGAAACGGCAGAUAGCAACAACAAAUCGAACAUUUUAUUAGCCCCUAAAAUCCGUUAAUGCAUUGCAGAAUAAACAAAACGAUUCGAAUACAUAAAACAGAAUCGAAUGGAAGUGAAAUGAGAUAAGAACCAGAGAAGGAACUACAGACAGUCUACAGU